AUGCAGGACAAGAACAGAAACAGGCUGGUCGAACUCCCACCAAACGACACUGGAUUCCAAGAAGCACAGCAAAUGCUCAUUAGUGGCUGGCCAAGAGGUGUUCGUCCACCACAAGUCGGACGCGUCUUCAAAAUAAUGCUCGGAGAAAACAGUCAACUCCUUCGCUCGCAAUACAAGAAUUCGGGUGACAGUUCUCGGCUCCCUAUAUGGUAUUCUGGUCAGAACAUCUGCGAGCUCGGCGGUCCGACCAAGCCCGUCGAAUUUUGCCAGUACAAGUCCUGCGGUAUCUGCAUUCCACUCAAAUCUGGCUUCAGUGCGUUUGAGUUUGGGCAAAAGUACCAAACUGGCCUCCACGGGAACGGAAUCUACACAACCAGAGAACCCGCGGUUGCGGACAAGCACGCAAUAUCAUCCACGGGCACGCCGUAUCGCGUCGUCAUUCUCGCUAGUCUUACAAUACCAUCAAAUGCGAGCAGAGAAUUUAUACUUGGGAACAACAACGAUGUGUUCUGCAAGAAUCCACUUGCCAUCACCCCAGACUACCUCAUCGCAUACAAUUACUGA